GAGAGGAGAUGCACUUAUUUCAUAAAGUCUUUAUAAUGUCUUUUAAUAGUAAGAAUUAGACUAAUUGUUUAUGAAUAUCCGUUCUAGCGAUGCCUUUGAAAUCUGGAUUAUGUGGAUAAAUACUUCCAUGGGAAAUACAUUAUAACGGACCGGGCAGCGACCGGGGAUGACAAAGAGAAUGAGACACCGAGACUGGAGAUGGCUUGUGCUUUGGUGGUAUCAUUUCUUUCUUUUUUGGAUUACAAUACACGGACAGACUCGUUACAGCAUCCCAGAGGAAGUCAAACCGGGUUCUGUGGUUGGAAAUCUCGCAAAAGACCUCGGUUUGGGAUUAUCAGACAUUUUUGACCGUAAACUGCGUGUCGCCUCUGAGGCUGAUAAGCAGUAUUUUAGUGUGGAUGCUGAGAAGGGCGACCUGGUGGUGAAUGACAGAAUAGACAGAGAGGCUUUAUGUGGACAAAGCGCCAGCUGUAUUUUAUCACUGCAAAUUGUGGCAGAGAAUCCACUACAGCUACACAGGAUAGAAGUGGAUGUAAAGGACAUAAAUGACAAUUCUCCGGUUUUUGUAAAAGAAGAACGGCAUUUAAAGAUAGCUGAAUCUACAGCUGCUGGUAUACGCUUUCCUUUGGACACUGCACAGGAUCAGGAUGUUGGUAGUAAUUCAGUAAAGUCAUACACACUAAGUAAAAGCGAAUGUUUUAGCUUGAAAAUGAAAGAAUUGUCUGGUGACCGACAUGUUCCCGAGCUUGUGCUAGAGAAACCCCUUGACAGAGAGAAACAAAGCGUACAUCAGUUAUUACUAACAGCGUUAGACGGGGGCAGCCCUGUGAAAACUGGAACCACGAAUAUCAUUGUGACUGUAUUGGACAACAAUGACAAUGUCCCAGUGUUUAAAAGGACGUUGUAUAAUAUUUCUGUGCCUGAAAAUAGUGCCGUUGGUUCUAUCCUUGUCCAAGUUGAAGCUACAGAUGCAGACGAGGGUGUUAAUGCAGAGAUCGAAUACAGAUUUGCUGAUAGCACACCUCAGUCGCUACUAUCCAUUUUUAAGAUGAACUCGGAUACAGGUGAAAUUAUUUUAUUAAACCCGUUAGAUUAUGAGACCAGUAGCAAGACGGAAAUAAGUAUCACUGCAAAGGACAAAGGGGUUCCUGAAAUGGAGGGUCAUUGUCGUGUACAAUUAAGUGUAAUAGACGUCAAUGAUAACGUGCCAGAAAUAAUGUUAACUUCCAAGCCCACCCCAGUACGCGAGGACGCCCCAAAAGGUACAGUAGUAGCGUUAAUAAGUGCGCGUGAUCUUGAUUCAGGUAAUAAUGGCAACGUGGUGUUAAAACUUGCCCAUGAAUCUCCUUUCAGUUUAAAACCUUCUUUUUCAAACAAUUACGCACUGAUUACUGCUGGUGUUCUAGACCGCGAAAAAAAUGCGGAAUAUGAUGUUGAGAUAACCGCCACUGAUUCAGGUUCCCCGCCUCUGUCCAGUAGGAAAACUAUUUAUGUCCGCAUCGCUGAUGUAAAUGACAACCCUCCUGUUUUUACUCAGCCCUCAUAUAAUGUAUAUUUAAAAGAGAACGGAGUGCCAGGAUUCAUACUUUACUCAGUGUCAGCAUCUGAUCUGGAUUCUGGUGAAAACGCAAAGAUCUCUUACUCCAUACUGGACUCUAAAGUGCAGGACGUCUCUGUCUCAUCUUAUGUUUACAUUAACUCAGAUAACGGAAGCAUCUACAGCAUGCACUCGUUUGACUAUGAGAAGCUGAAGGUGUUUCAGAUUCAGGUUCAGGCAAAGGACCAGGGCUCUCCCUCUCUCAGCAGCAACGCCACUGUCCAUGUUUUUAUCCGGGACCAGAACGAUAAUGCCCCCGCUGUUAUUUACCCCUCCUCCGCUGCCUUGGGCUCCCUCUCUCAUCAGAGGAUGCCCCGCUCCGCUAAAGCGGGUCACCUGGUUACUAAGGUGACGGCUGUGGACGCUGACUCGGGCCAUAACGCCUGGAUCUCCUACAGACUGGCGGAGGCCACAGACGCCUCUCUGUUCACCGUCAAUCAGUACACAGGGGAGGUGAGGACUAAACGCGCUGUGUCCGAGCAGGACGACUCCUCUCAGAGGCUGCUGGUAGAGAUCAAGGACGACGGGGAACCGGUUCAGUCCACCACCGUCACGGUGUCCAUCCUACUGGAGGACGGUCUCCAUGAGCCCAUCUUAGACCUCCGACACAAACUGUCCGAGCCCAGCAAGAAAACUGGCAGAAUCACCCUUUAUUUGAUCCUGUCUCUGGCCUCGGUGUCCGUGCUGUCUCUGGUGACUUUUCUCAUCUUAGCGGUGAAAUGCAUCAGGAGCAGCAGAAACGGGAGCUGCUGCAUGAGACGGAGCGACUGUGAUGAUUACAAGAACCCCAACAGAAACCUGCAGAUUCAGCUCAACACUGAUGGACCUAUAAAGUACGUGGAGGUCCUGGGAGGAGACAUGAUGUCUCAGAGUCAGUCCUUCAGGUCCUGCAUGUCUCCAAUGUCAGAGUACAGUGAUUUCACUUUGAUCAAACCCAGCAGCACCACAGACUUUAGAGAAGUCAUCAGUGUUCUGGAUGCGUCUUUACCCGACAGCACCUGGACCUUUGAGAGCCAGCAGCAAAAGCCCCCCAACAACGAUUGGCGCUUCACACAAGGACAGAGACCUGGACCUAGCGGUCCCCACAUGCCGUACGGUACACACAUACGAUGGACGUCGAAGAAUGGGACAAGGGCAACUGGAGGACCUGAGGUAGCCAUGGGAACUGGUCCAUGGCCCCAGCCCCCUACUGAAGCUGAGCAGCUUCAGGCGCUGAUGGCGGCAGCUAACGAAGUGAGUGAGGCGACAGCCACCCUCGGGCCUGGAACCAUGGGCUUGAGCACCCGCUACAGCCCCCAAUUCACCUUGCAGCAUGUGCCUGACUACCGCCAGAACGUGUACAUACCGGGCAGCACGGCCACCCUCACCUCCAAUCCCCAGCAGCAGCAGGCCACGGCCCAGCAGGCCACACAGCAGGCGCUGCCUCCGCCUCAGGCCUCAUCACAGGCCGAACCUCCAAAGGCUGCCCAGACCCCCGCCUCCAAGAAGAAGUCAACCAAGAAGGAGAAGAAGUAGACGUAGGUGGAUAGGAGGUGGAGGCAUGAUGAAGUGAUGAGAAAUCCAACCCCCCAUACCCCACCAUUAGGUAUCUGCUGUCACAUGGACGCUAUUGGUGGUUCUUUGAAGGUUUCCUCCGAGAAUCCAAAUGUGCUGGAGGUUUUAGUGUUACUAACCCAUGUCGUGCUUAAAGGUCUAGUAUUGUUCAUGUAAUUUUUGUGGGUAGAUAUUUUUGCUGGGUAUGGGGGGUUGCUGUUGUCUUUUUCCCCCCGCCUAUUUUCUUUUAACGAAAAAAUCUAAUGGACAAAGAGAUUCAGUGUAACAAACCUUGCUGGAAUGACAAGGCUACACACAGUGAUGUAUUCAGAGAUGAAAAGUUAAUGUCUUUCAUGUUGGAUUUAUUGUGCACUUUCCCAAAGGUGGAAAGUCGGCUAUUGUAAAGUUCGCUAGUUGCCAUUCAUUAUAUUCCUCUGUAGGGUCAGCCGUAAAGCAUAAGGCUGCUGUUUGACAGGUAUUACAGACUCUUCUGCAUGCUCAUUAAGGUUCAAACCACAUAUGCUAGUUUAGAGUUGCAAACUAUGCAUUGCAAAAGCAAAGAGGAAAUUCUGAAUCCUUUAUGUUCCUCCCUCCAAUCGCAGGUCCAUGUAAUGCACAUGUAGUGUUUACUUAACACAAAAUGAGAAUAGCUUUUGUAAUCAUAGUUUUAAGAAAAAAAAGAUAAGAAUUUAAUCUUGUGAUAUUUUCUAUGACCUGAGCAUGCACCCACAGUUAGGGGGUGAAGUUGGCAUAGGACUGUAGUGAAGGUAUGGCACAUACUCACAAGUCAUCCUGGCUUCCUGUAUAAAACCUCAGGAUGGUUACAGACAUGUCCUGCUGCCCUACCCCAGCCUCACCCCCGAUUUGAGCCAAACUAAGAGAAAUGCACUGUUCGUAUGCUGAAGAGGAGACAAUGUUGGGGUUGUAAUCACUUCAAUCUUUAGGAAAACAUGUAGAUGUGGUAAACUUAAGUGCUUAGGAGUUUCUAGACACUUUGUAAGCCUCUACGGCCUUGACAGAGUUUUCCCUUCACUUUCUUGAGGUGCUGAAGAAAUUUCUUGAUGUGUUUUCUUUAUUUUUUUCCUUUGGGAGAUAUUGACUCAAUAGCAUAAAUGAGUUUGUUCAAGAUAUGAAGUCUUUGCUUUGCCGUCCAUCUGUCUGUCAGGAUAAAACUGCAUGAAAAAGAGAGCAGCUCACAGACUGGGUCAGAGGGGAGCAAAAGGGGGAUUGGUGAGAGCUAAAACGAUUGAGGUGGCAACAAAAGGGUGGGAUACAACCUUUGGCUCUACCCACUGAAUGUACAGAGGAACCAAUGCUGGCCUGCCCACCCUUUUUAACUUUCUCCAAUGCACUGACCCUGAUAGAGGUCGACAGAGCCAAGCACAGUCAAACCUGUUGGUGAGGAGAAACCCUUUGGAGCAUCUUCUCCAUUUUUGAAAUUAGUGGCAAACACUAUUCUCUCCGCCUCUCACCUGUCUGCAUCCGCUCCCCCCUCAUUCUGUGUGGCUCCUAUCCCACUGUAAAUAAACACGAGUCCGGUCGAUGGUAUGAGCCAAGUAUUUGUACAGCAGGGACCUCGUCCAACAGUUCCCUCUCAACAAGGCGUGGCUUACUACUGGAAUGUGUUUGCAUUUUGUUUUUCAAGAAAAAUAAAAAUCGCAGCUUAAAAAAAAAAAAAAAAAACAUAAAAAAAUGUAUCAAUAAUAAACAAAGGGUUUGAGAUGUUCUUCAACAGUUUGUGUUGCAAUGUAGUAACUGAGCACCAUUGAAGCCAACUAACUCUUCAUUGUAAAUAAAUGACUUAAAGAUAACUUUAGAUGAGUAAAAACAAAGUGACACACGUAGACUAGUUAACUUGUGGUAUGUGUUGCGCAUAUUUUUGUGUUUAUUUUUCUCUUUACUACCUUUUAUCACCCUGUAAAGAAAUGAGACAAAAAAAGAAAAAAUAUGGAAAUGUUUCUAUCCUUCUGUAACCUCUUAAUGUUAUUUUUGCAGUGAUUUUUCUCCUGUGCAUUUGUGAAAUAAUGCCUCUCAUUCUCUUUCUGUCCAUAUGAACAAAUGAUUAUAAAUAUUAUAUAUGUGUAAGUCCGUCCGCUGCUGAAUUAAUGCUACUCUAUCCUGCUGUAUUAUCUUUCUUAUAAAAUGCUUUGCCCUCCCUCCACGUUACACCCCUGUGUUACUCUCUUAUUUUUAUGCUAAUAUUUAUAUUUCUGUUCUAUUUUCUCUUGGACACUGACAUUUCAAAUAAAAGAAAUCAUUUGAAAAACA